CUAAAAAGAAGAUUAGAGAUGGAGUGAUCGAUCUGCAGCUACCUAUACGUGACUUUAAAGCAAAGUUUUCUUCUUCAAUCUUCCACAUUUUCAUAUUUCACCAUCAUCAUCAUAUUUGGAUCUGAAGCUCAGGGGAACGAUGUCGUUUGAAGAGGACGAGGAGUCGUUCGAGCACACGCUCCUGGUGGUGCGCGAGGUGUCGGUGUUCAAAAUCCCGCCGCGCCCCACCAGCGGCGGCUUCAAGUGCGGCGAGUGGCUUCAGUCCGACAAGAUCUGGUCCGGCCGCCUCCGGGUCGUGUCCUGUAAGGACCGCUGCGAGAUCCGCCUCGAGGAUCCCAACUCCGGCGAGCUGUUCGCCGCGUGCUUCGUGCUUCCUGGCCAGCGGGAGGCCUCCGUCGAGUCGGUGCUCGACUCUUCCAGGUACUUCGUCCUGAAGAUCGAGGAUGGCCGCGGCAAGCACGCGUUCGUCGGGCUAGGGUUUAACGAGCGGAAUGAGGCUUUUGAUUUCAAUGUCGCAUUGUCCGAUCACGAUAAGUACGUCAAGAGAGAUCAUGAGAAGGAGGCCGGAGAUGGUCAGAUCAGCGAUGCCGAUGGCAGUCAUAUUGAUAUUCAUCCUGCUGUAAAUCAUCGCUUAAAGGAAGGAGAAACAAUAAGAAUAAAUGUGAAGAACAAACCUUCUAGUGGAGCAGGGAUGCUUUCAGCUGCUGGGUUGUCUAGUGGGCUAUCUGGAACUGGGAAAAUCAACACACUAAGCAUUGCACCACCACCAAGUGUGGCCGGAAAAAUCAGAUCUCCUCUUCCACCACCUCCAAAUGACCCUGCCAUUUCACGCAAGAUUUCUUCCACUCAGGGUGUUGCAGACAAGGUGUCUAUGGGCAGUGCAACCCGUUCCACCGAUCCUUUAUCAAAUCUCUCUUCGAUCAAGGAGAGCCUGCCAUCGGAAACUGGAUCGCGAUCUAGCAAAGCAGCAACAACAGCGGCAGCGGCAUCGGGAUGGGCAGCAUUUUGAGCAUAGGGUGUGUUUGGCUGAAAUAUAUGUUUUUAACGGUUGUACUAACUACGGAGUAUUAUCAUGGCAAACUUUUGGGUAAAGGUAAUUGAGCUGGAAAGUUUUCCCCCCUUUUAAAUAGAGUAUAUCUGUAUCUGUUUUCAUUAUGGUUGGUUGAUGGUAUAUGAUUAUACAAAGUAUAAUUUUUUUAUUAUUUAAAAAAUAUGGAUUGUGGAC